AAUCUUGGCACAACGUCACGUCGACACACACACAUCGCAUGCUGCAGCAGCGCGGAGCAACAGUUCAUGCAGUUCGGGCGUUUUGACACGAACACAUUUAUUUUGCAAGGGGUUGCAGUUUCAAGUAACACGCAAGAAAGAAGCUCUGAAACUUCAUCAUGUCUGAGGAUUUGAAAGCUGGACAUGCACCUGCAGUCAAAGCAGGAGGCAUGCGAAUUACGCAGAAUGCCAAACCGCAUGAGAAGCCUCAAGAAAUGACCCCAGAAGAAGAAGAGGAAUACGGCCCAGCUACAAGUCCUCCCAAGCCCGAUGUUCAAGUUUUGAUCUCUGGCGCCCUGUCCAGGGGGAAUAAAGACUUUCCACCUGAUGCUGUACGUGCAUUUCAUGAUAAGCCUCAACCUUCACACCAGAAGUCCCCUCAGGGUAAACAGAAUCAUCAUCUAAACCAGCCCCGGAAAUAGAGAGCUUACAAUUCGCUUUCAGGCUGCGCUUUCAUGUUGGGAACAGAUCUGAGAAGGAGGUUGAAGGUUGCGUGGUUGAUGUAAGCGAAGGAGUUGUCAGGUUUUACAAUACUGUGUGGUGACAUUACUGCCUGGCCAACCCUGUUUUACGUCAUGAAUAAUUCAUGGCAGGUCCUUAACAAAAUAUCUUAAAGGUAUUGUCAAACAAUGUUGACGCCCUGUUUUAAAAUUUAAUAAACAAAAAAAGAUUACAAAGAAAACUCUCAAGAUUUAUUUUACAUUUUAUCCAUAUUCCCAUGCCAAAAUAUUUUGCAUGUAAUGCUUUCAUCUUUGAACAAAAACAUAUAUAUUGACCGAUUGUUUUUGAAAUCACAACUUUUAUUUAAACAAGAGGUGGUGGGAUUAGUGGACUUAAUUAUGCUUUACAUUUUCUACACUGUAGACUGGCAAGUCUUAUUUGACUUAUGAAGGGUUUUUUGAAGGCCGUCAUGAUGUGUUGAAGUUCCAAACAAAUGUUUAGCAUGGUUAAAGCAUGGAGGAAGGAAAUUAUCCUCCAUGGUUUCCAAAUGAGACUUCUGAAAAUUCUUUAACCUUUUUCCCCUCUAUGUUUCACAUUCAUCUGUUUUUUGUUUUGCUUUAAAAGGGAAUUGAGUCAUUUAAUAACUUGCCAAAAAUUGUUGUUAUUUAACUACACCAAAAUCAUGUAGAGUCACUUUCCCUGGUUUGGCCUGAUUUUGGAUUGAGUAAUGCAAAGAUAUUUCGUUUCCCUUCAGCAAAGCUGGUGUAUGAAUCUUAAAAGAGGAUCUUACAGAAAUUGAAGUUUACUAUCUCAAUAUUCCAUCCUUUAAGGAUUUUUUUUUUUGAAGAGAUACAUGUAGAUGCUGGAAUCCUGGUAAAACUUUCAACUACAAUGACAGACUUUUGGGACUCUAGGUGGCAGCAGACCUGCCUGUAAAUCCACCGUUCUUGGAAGUUUGCACAUGCUCAGAAUAACAUAACAAUGAAAGAAUUACCUAGUAUGCCUUCUGCCACCAGGUGUCCAAAAGGGUCUCCAUUGAAAUACAAAUUUACUUAUGUGACGUAAGUUAAUCUAACUAAUCGUGUAGACAAAUUCUGUGUAAUUUUUGGAAAUCACCAAUUGUAAACAAUUUAUGACAAUUCAAAAGCGCUCUAAGAAGAAAGCAAAAAAAACUGUCUUUUAAAUUAAACAAAGUCUGUAUCUCAAACUUUGUUAGUUUUAUUUUCCUCCUUUGACUUUUGCUGUUCAAGAUCUCCUUUAUUUAGCACUAGUUACAGUUUACUACAAAUUCAAGUUAAAUGAUAUAUAACUCAUUGUUUUUCUUCUCAAUUUCCCAAGUUUGUUCGCUCACAAAUAAGUGUUCCAGUAACAACUAAAUUGUCAUGUUUUACUACAUACAACUCUUGCAUUAUUGACAAGAUUUAUUGUUCUUUAUUGAUAUUAUGCAGUUACAAACUUGUUUUGUAUCAUUAACAGCUGAUACAGUCAAAUAUAUAUUUAGUUUGUGAUGUUAGCAAAGUAAUCUUAUUUGAUUCUUUUAUUUUUCAUAAAAUGGAUCUUUUCAAGCAUGAUCUGAGCACAGUAAUCAGACUUAUUUCAAUCAGAUUUUAUUUGUUCUGCCAUUUUAUUAAUCAUGUCUGUUAAACUAUUUUAUGUGCAGGGAUAAUCACUUCAAGUUUGAAAAUAAAUGAUAAUUUCCAACAUUUGUAAUGCCAGUAAGAAGAUUGAUCAUGAAAUCGUGAGUUUAAUUUUUAUAAAAGUAUGUUACAAUAAUAAGGAACAUCUCAUAGAAAUACAAUUCUUAUCUUUAAAAGGACAUUACAGUAUAAGUAAGAAUUGAAUGCAUGAAUUGUUAGCUAGAUGUUGAGAAAGCUAUAUACCAUUCUUUCCGAGAAAUGUGUUCACUGUAAUUAACCUCCAAUUUGAGAAAAGAUACGACAUUGUGUGUUGUAAUUGAAAACCAAGUUGGUAGACACUCUUUUUGUAACAUGAAGCCAUCUUGAUGUUGUUCUAGUGAUGCUUUGCCCUAAGGUUCAGUUGUCGAUGUGGCUUGAUUGUCAUUAGCACAAGCCUUGAAGCACAGACUGCCCAUAGCAACCUUCUUAGCAACAGCUUUAGCCAUGGCCGCCAUGUUUUACAUGUUAACUUGGUACACAUGUUCAGGGAUCUGACUCUACUGGCUAGUUUGUUAACAUUAAAAUAAGAGGACGCUUCAUCAUAAGAACUUGAGGCGAUUACAGAACCUCAGGCUCUGAAGUUAGACUCGGUGUAUUUGUACCCCCUUCAGAAGUGUCGCACCAGUUCUUGACCACCAUUCAUUAUAUAGAAAUAUGUGCCAUAUUAUUUCUUUGAAAUUGUUAAAGGUUUAAUUUUAUGAGAAAUCUUUGAAACUACACGAUCAGGAAUACCAUGGCUAUACUCUUAAGUUUACUUGAAAAUGUUUCUCUAUAAAAGUGUGCUUUGGUGCUGACAAACCAUAUUUCAUAAUGUUUCAUAUUUUGUUGCUUUGCAAGUUUUCUUUUGAAGAAUACUGCAAUGGUCUCCAACAAAUUCGUCUGUUCUUCCAACAAGUGUCAAUCAAAUCAUGAACUUUAUGACUCUCUGAUACUUUAAUCAGUUUAAUUUUCCCGAGAAA